AUGAUAUUCUUUCGAUUAUCAGAUUGUCUUCGUUGCUCCCAAUGUUACAAUUACAACGGUCAAGUGUGUGUGAAUGCGCCUGAUUGUACAGGCAACUAUUGCCUUUUCGAAGAAACUACUUCGAAUGGAAUUACCACGGUGAAGAAGACUUGUCUCCAACAGGCUUACUAUCAGCUGGAUGACAAUACGUAUGUGACGGAUACUGAAGCAUGUCUUACGAGACAGACCCCUUACCGAACUUACAAAAUCAAAAUUUGUAAAUAUGCUGACAACUGUAACAACCAAUGUUCUGAUGGGCCGAUAUACCCUCCUAUGACAACACAAAUACCAUUCCCACCAGACAACACUUUCCCGCCAAUUACUAAUGGAUUAGUCAACUGUUAUAGUUGUACGGACAACACAGGACAUGACUGCAAAACUGGAAAUUGUCAGGGAAGAUACUGUCUAUACGAACGUCGUCUUACCGGCAAUCAAAUUUUCACGUCAAAGUCAUGUUUGGAAGAGCCCAUCGUCAAAUUGGAUGAUGGCACGGUUGUAAAUGCCGUUGAUGUCUGUGAGCUUCGGAAUACAGCAGAAUCUUCCUAUUACAUCAAGAUAUGUCAAGACAUCAACCAUUGCAAUGGCUAUUGUAUACCUGGAGAAGUUGAUCCUCAAAAGUUUCGACAGCCAUUAUUAACUUGCCCAAUGUGCGAUGCAAUGAAUUCGAAUGAUUGCUACUCCGGCCAAACAUGUCAAGGAAAUUACUGUUUUUAUGAACACCAAAGAAAUCUAUCGAGCGGGAUCGAGUAUGUACGUAAAGGAUGCUCCAUUGCAGCUUAUAUUGCUUAUCCAGAUUCUUCUACAUCGAAAGCUGUUAAUUCAUGUGAAUAUCGAACAUUUGGCAAUGUGGAAUUUCAAGUGAAAGUUUGUAAUUCGGGUGGUGGAUGUAACACACCGUGCCAAGUACUUCGUCCAUCAAAUCCAACAGUAAGUUGUACUCAGUGUAUAGCUUAUAACACUAACGAUUGUACUGGAACGACAUGUGUCGGCACAUACUGCAUAUCAGAGAAUCAGGCUAUCUUGGGAACAGGCGAGUCGGUUGUCAUAAAGAAUUGCACCAACAGUCCAACUGUUACAUAUCCGGACAAAACUCUCUACUCCUCCAAAGGCAUCUGUGAAUACAAGCAAAUCAAUGGAAAUAGCUAUGCCGUCAAACUCUGUGAUUCAAAUAAUUGCAAUUAUCAAUCUUGUUCUUCGAACUAUUACACCUCAACACACCAACCGUCAAAAACAUCUUCGCACAUCUUCAUGAUCUUACCUCUAUUCAUCACUUUAUAUUUGAGUUCACUCUGA